UUUUAUUACAUUAGAAAUAAGCUAUUCAACAAAAACAAUGCCAACAAUUAGUCAAUCAAUUAAUUACAACAUUUGAUGACAAAAUAAAGAUUAACAACAAUAUGUGACCAAAGAUUUAAUGAUAGGAUAACGACAACAACAACGGCUCACUACUCAAGAUGUUUAUUGUUUGUUGGUUUACGAUAGUUGUCUCACUCGUUGGUGUUCAUCACUCGGAGACCAUCGGCGGUGAUGUCGAGCGACGUCUAUCAUCGGUUUCGGACCAAAUGAAACAUUGGCUCCAAUUGGCGGUCAAUCAUGAGUUGGGUGUCGCACACCUCCAACACAUCUACCGUACCGUUAAUUCAGUCACACAUGACAUACAGUUUAAUGAUAUUGUGUCCGAUAUCACCCAAAAGAUGACUAAGAAAUUAGAGGACUUGUCAGCCGUUUUAGAGGAGACUUCCGAAAGAGUGAAAGAGUUGUUUCAGAUUUACUUAAAGGGCGACGAAAUAAAGACAUUGAGGCCAUGUUGUGACCAACGAUUACACGCAGUCAUGCAUUUUGACGGCCACUUUAAUACACAGAUAACAAAAGCUACGGCCUGUGAUUCGGUACCGAACGGUGUGACCGAUGGUUCAUUUUCGCCGGGAAUUAAUUUGACGGAACAGUAUCGGGCAAAUCUGGACAUUUGGCCAAAUAUUAAGUGGCAAUACUUCAUAUCUAUUUGGGGUCUACACACGGAAUUCCCGGCAUAUUUACCGUUACCUAAUAGUUGUCACACUAAUGAUGUGUUUAAUGAUAUAAAUGAUUUCAAUAGUUUUGCAAAUAAAUUAGUGUAUAAUGAUGUCUACAAUGAAGACACGCUUCAAAGACAUCGCGAUAUUUAUAUGGCAACAGUUUUGCCACAAUCCAAGAAUAUAUUGCUGGUUAUCGACAGAGGAUCUGCUCUGACAGCACACCAAUUGGCAAUUGCUAAGGCUAUCGCCAAAUAUAUACUUAAUUCGUUGUCAUUAAAUGAUAAAAUAGGACUUAUUUCGGUGUCCAGUGAUAUUCAUUAUCCUAUAAGCGACUCAUGUUUGACCAAAAGGCUGGCAAAUGCUAACUACGAAACCAAAUAUCAAUUUCAACGAUUCAUUGAUGGACUUCAGCGAACUAAUGAAAACACUAAUCAUGUAUUGGGUUUGAAAAAUGCAUUUGAAAUGCUUGCCAACACUUUUGAAGACAUCAAAGAUAAUGAGAGUCCAUCCGAAGCUCUUAUUGUUUACAUAAGUCGUGGUCUAUUGACUGCACUUACAGACGCACGUCUUGUUAUGGAAGUGAUCGCCAAUGAGAUAAACAAAGCCUACGAUAAUAACUAUUCAUUUGUCAUCAAUUCCUAUGCAUUAAUCGAUGACACGAAGCCUGUUAUGUAUGAAAUGGAUUUUCUUCGAGAGAUCGCUGAAAUGAAUUUUCAAAAAUUUAAUGUUUUAUCUCCCGAUCCCUUCAAAAUUAGGCCGGGAAUGAUGGUAGCCGUCAACUCUACCGAUAACUUGAGUUUUACAUUGAGUGGCAUUUAUUCAGUGCUUACCCGACCCACACAUUCAUCUGUUUAUAUAUCGCUUCCCUAUUGGGAUGCUAUUAGUAAAGAUGUUCACAUAUCGGUUAGCAAAUCAGUCAUUCAUAGGGGACAACUCAUAGGAGUGGUUGGUCUCGACAUAUCUUUAGCAGAUUUAGCCGAAGAUAUCAUACAAUAUGUGUCAUCUGACGACUCGUAUGCCUUUCUGAUUGAGAAAACACAUGGCAUUGCUAUACAUCACCCACUAUUUAGUCCACCCAAUCGGCAAACACACGAUCAGAUAAUUCAUACAAGUAUUGAACAUUUUGAACAAAUUCCUGGAUUUGAUGUCAUAAAAAAGUCAAUGUUAGCUAACAAUGAGGGCAUUGAAACAAUUAAAGUCAACUUCAAUAACAAAACUCAUAUAACAUAUCAGUGGAGACGUGUAUUAUCGUCGCCUUAUAUAGUAGUGAUCGCGUCGUUCAAAACACACGAUAGAAAACACAGUAUAACUGCUCCGUUGGCCAAAGAUAUUCAUUUUACUUAUCAUCGAUUAGAUCUCAAUGCAAAUCCAUCCAUACUAUGCCGUCAUUUCAAACAAUUAGCAACUAUUGAAACUGCGACUCUAUUUAUACCUUCAAAAGCAUUUUUAUCUCCAUUUGCUAACGAUAUGCAAGAAGAAACCACUCAUGUUGUUCAAAGAUAUAUGGCUUAUCUCAAUGAUAAUACUAAACUAAUAGCUAAUCCUGGAUUUAAAAGCACUAUUAGAGGUGAAGUUCAUGUCAUCACUGGUGUCAUACCUUUAUGGAAAACACUACUAGAAUCGAGUGAAAUGUCAAAGUUUAUUGUGAGAAAGUACAUAACGACACCAAAUGGUGUAUUCUUGUUAUAUCCCGGAGCUCUCAUUGAUAAAUCAUUUGAUCCAACACGAAGAGAGUGGUACACUAAAGCGGUUCUUAAUCCGGGAAAAGUAGUAUUUACGGCCCCAUAUCUCGAUGUUGGUGGUGCCGGAUAUAUAGUUACUAUAAGUCAUGUGAUAGAGGGCUACAAAUCUGAUACUAAUACUAACACAAGGAAUACUGUGGCCGUAAUCGCAAUGGACUUUACUUUAGGCUAUUUUCAUAGUUUUCUUCAAACAAAUUUGGGCUCAUUUUGUCGCUCACAACAAGUUAGAUGUUUUAUAAUGGAUGACAAGGGCUAUCUAAUAGCUCAUCCAUCACUUGUUGAGCCCAUCCAAUUGGCACCUAUUGAACAACAACACAUUACUCAUAAGGAACCCUUAGUGGCCAAUGAUUUACUUCAUAAUAAGUUAUUCGUUAAGAAGACUGUUUGCAAUAGUUUUGCUGACAGAACUAUUCAACGAUUUUAUAAUUUUAAUACGAGCUUAACGGGUGUCCUAACAAACUCAAUACAUGAUUGCGGCAAAUAUUUGAUAGCAUCGGUCAGCGAUUCCAAUAUAUUCAUUGGUAUAGUGAACCACACGUGUGAUUCAAUGGCAGCAUUCUGUCCCUGUUCUAUGACUGAUCGAUUAUGUCUCAAUUGUCACCGUAUGGAACAAACUGAUUGUGAGUGUCCGUGCGAAUGUCCAUUAGAAUUGAAUUUAUGUACCGGACAAUUGUUUGACGAAGAGGACCGAAAUCCCAGUUGUCCACCAAUUACCGAUUCUGUAAGACCAGUGCCAGUGAUGAAGCAUACGUUGGAAUCGAUUAAGAAAUGUUUUGAUAUCAGUUGCUAUGAAAAGAAAUCAGAAAAUGAAUGUCAGGGUCUUAUGGGUUGCGAAUGGUGUCAAUUGGAUCGUAACGGAGAGACACCGUUAAAGAAUCCCUAUUGUAAUAAUCAGAAUCGUUGUUUUGGUGGCAUUCUUGGUGCCAAAACUCCAUAUCCGGAUGAGAUUUCUGAUAUGAUGUUAGCACACGACGAUUACAUGCCUAUGGGUAGUGCACCCGUCGGUCCUGUUGCUGGUGGUAUCAUGAUUUGCUUUGUGGUGUUAGCUCUAUCCGUAUAUUGUUAUCGCUAUCACUCCACACGUCACGGCCCACAUUAUAUAACAUCUAUCACCGAUAAUGGUGUCAAUCCUUUACAUUUAGAUAAUGAUUUUGACGAUAACGAUCCUCAAGAUGACAUCGCACCUGCCAUUGUGCCAAACAAUGUUGUAGUUUUGGCCAGUUUUGAAAACGCCGCUCAAGUGUCACCGUAUCGCAUAAACGCUGGCUAUCGUAGACCAGGCGGCGACUCGGAUCACGGCUAUUCAACAAUGACACCCCAUGAAGACUCUGAGUUGGCCGGACCCACAUAUAACGAACCGUUACUCGUUGGCAGAGAUAGGACUCGACUCUUAAAUACGAGUUCACAGUCAGACGCAACUAACUCAUCGUCGAGAACUUCAUCGCCAUCACUGGUCUGUCAAUCAAUUGUCAAACCACCGAAACCUAUGCCAUCAACUAUUCUUGAAGUGCCUAAUAAUGUGUUGGCUCAGGUACAGGUGCACACUGUUGACACCCAUUGA